AUGGAUUCAAGAGAUGAAGUUGUCUUAGCCUUGACAGAUGAUAUGGAUACUGGAUCAUCUUCAUCAGGUGGACCUCACAGUCAGUCAACAAAACGUCUAGCGCUAAUCGCACAUUUCUUAUUUCGUUCACUGGCGUUAAUUAUCUACAUCCUAUGCGCAUGGUUUACAACCUCAUUCAUUGCACCCUUCAUCUUCAUAUUGGUGUGUUUAUCAUUAGAUUUUUGGGUGGUAAAAAACAUCUCUGGACGUAUUCUUGUCGGUCUACGUUGGUCAAGUUAUACAGAUGAAGAGGGUCAACUCCACUGGCGUUAUGAUUCACGUAAACCAUCACCAAUCGACACUGUUGACAUGUCAACACUUAGUCGUCGUGAAUUAGCAGCUCGUGUUGCGCGACAACAGUUGGCUCGACUAUUUUGGAUUGGUUUAUUUACAAGUCCUACAUUAUGGUUUAUGUUUCUGCUGGCCGCUGUAUUUUCAUUACAUCUACGUUGGGGUCUAGUGUGUUGUAUUGCUUUAUGCAUGAAUCUGGCUAAUGUUUAUGGUUAUCUACGUUGUUGGAUAGGUGGUGGUAAUAUGAAUGAGAAUGCUUCAAAUAUGUUUUCAGUCAUUAAGUCUUCUGUAAAGAAAAAAGUAUUCAGUAAUUUAUGGUCUACCAGUAUGAUGAGUAAAACAGAUUUGAAUGCGUCUAGUGGCGGCGGUGGCAACACUGGUGCUAGUAGCGGCUUGCCUUUGAUCGCUUGA